UCAAUUCACAUAACAAAACCAAAUUAACCCUUUGUUGCUAUUGGCUAUGUUAUACCAAAUACGUCAUCCAACUGCAACCAUUCCAACAAGUCUCAAACCCAAUAAAUCUAGCUAUGUUUCUUCUGACUCUUGUCCUGUGAUUCUUUUAAGUAAUAUAGAAGGAUUGAAACAAGGAGGGAGAGAGAUGAGUAAUGAAAGAGCAAGGAGUCCUAGGGUGGAAUUUGAUCUGAGGUUGUCUCCCCCACGAACUGCAAACUCAUCAUUAGUCAACCCUUCAUCGGAAUCAUUAUGUUUGUAUUCAUCGGAUCCUGACUCACGCGUGUCUUCUGAGGCUAAUAAAGAGAUUAGGUCCAUGCUUCUCGUAGGUUGUCUUCGAUGCCUCAUGUACGUUUUGUUUUCAAAGGAUGAUCCCAACCCCAAAUGCCCCAGGUGCAAGAGUACUGUUUUGCUUGAUUUCCUCAAUGACAACAAGCAAAACACCAACAAAACAACCUGAACCAGCUCAUGGAUGCAACUUUGGCGGAGUUCGACUAUUUUAAAUUUUAAGGGUGGUUUUUUGUAAUCACCUUAAUUAGAACACUUGGCUUUUUUAGUGGAAUAUCGAGAUAUCCCAAUAAUAUACAAAAAAAAUAUUAUUUACAGAGAA